CUGGAUUUCUCUACACUUCUACCAUAUGUCCUCAUCAUAUAAAGCGGCUCAAUCAGUUGCUGGUUUCUUCGGGAAGCGUCAGCAAACACAAUUUUUGCACUGUUUCAGAUUUGCAAUCACCAUCAGUUGUGUCAUUCAUCAAAUAGAGUUUGGCUUCCUUUCGAUAACAUUAAGUCGUCAAGAUUAUCAGGAGUCUAUGCAAAGGAGUAUCUGGAUUGUUCUUUUGCCUCUAUUCCUGGUUUUGUUGCUUGGUGUUAGUUUGGUGUCCUAUUGUUAUUCAGAUUUUGGGAACAGUGAGCGAUCAAAAUCUACAAAUUUUCUAGACUCAGUGAUGGCAUCUACGAGCACAAUGAAACGGGUUAAAAGAUUGUUGGAAGGAGGACGUAAAUCUAAUCAAUUUGAUCAAGUUAAUUCAAAGAGAUGGAAAAGAAUAUGAAGCGAACUAUUGCACGAUACAACAAGGGUGAUGAGUCUUCAGAGACCGCUCUGGUAGAAUCAAGGGCCGAGGGAUCCAUUCACUUCCCAAUUGUCAUGACUGAGACACAAAGAGGAAGACUUGAGAAAUACAAAGGCCACUUGAAUAUAUGAUGAUACUUGGAGCAUCUGUCAAAGAUCUGAAUGCCUUUGCUUGGCUAUCAAGAAGCUUGAAAAUACCUUUGCUCUCUCUUUAUAUAUGCUCUCUCCGGUUAGACAGUAAAAAUUGAGAGACAACCACAAUUUGCUCUUAAAGGCCUGAAGAGUUGUUGAUCUAUUAUUUGUGCUAAUGAACUAAAAUGCUGUUACUUGAAUCAUAGAAAGUGAGGCCAAUGUUCCUCUCUUCACUUCUGUAAACAAUU